AUGGGGAUUCGAGAGUUUCCCGGCGGCGCACCUGGGGGCAAAAGCAUCGCCAUUGGCAUGAGGAGGUCACCGGACGUCAGCCCCAGGAGACUGUCCGACAUCAGCCCCCAGCUCCGGCAGCUCAAGUACUUGGUGGUGGACGAGGCGAUUAAGGAGGAUCUGAAAUGGUCGCGCUCGGUGGAGGACCUCACCAGCGGGCCCGUGGGGCUCACGUCCAUCGAGGAGCGGAUCCUGCGCAUCACCGGCUACUACGGCUACCAGCCCUGGGCGGCGAGCUACAAAAGGGAGGAGCGCCCCCGGGAGCCCCCGGGUCCGGCAGAGGCCCAGGCGCCGGUGGGGACCGACACGGGCGGGAGGCCGAGCCCUCGCUGCUGGAGAUGUUCCCAGGCGCAGCUCAAGAAGAUCUUCUGGGGCGUGGCGGUGGUGCUGUGUGUGUGUUCCUCCUGGGCCGGUGCCACUCAGCUCGCCAAGCUGACCUUCAGGAAGUUCGAUGCUCCCUUCACCCUGACGUGGUUUGCCACCAACUGGAACUUUUUAUUCUUCCCGUUGUACUACGCGGGCCACAUCUGCAAGUCGGCAGAGAAACAGUCGGUGAAGCAGAGAUACAG